AUGCGACGCUAUCCUCCCGAUUGCCCUCCAUUGAAAGUCAGGUGGUUCUACGCAGUGGACUCGCCCAAGCGGAAGCCAUCCAUUAUAGGGCAGAAAAAGGCAGACCAAAAGCCCUUGCCAUCGCCGAAGAAAUUCAUCCCUUUCCCAGGGAAAGACUCCCAGUCCAUAGAAACGACGUUUCAGAAACUCUCAGACAUCGAAGAUGCCCGCCAACAAAACCAACCAAAGGAUAGCGAACCUGUAUUGACCCAAGUGCCCGUGAAUGAGGAUUUUCUUUUCAAUGUCGAUGUGGAACAACGAGAGUUGAGUCCUACCUAUUGGAUUGGCCCUGUAUAUGAAGUCCGUCGUGGGACGUGGUUCAUUCAGGAUGGAUCUAGCCUGAAACCAUGUGAAGAAAACCUUGCUACCCAGCUUGAAGAAGGCUAUAUCAAAUUAUGUCCAUGGAGGUCCCAACCUUCAGAACAGAACACGCAAACAAACGAAGAAGACAGAUCUGCCCCCUCAAUCAAGAGACCUGAACUCUCCUCCCGUGGCACAGGGAAUGAUUUCAACAGUCCUGGCCCUGCAGUUGAGCCCCAGCAGUAUCGUCUCUUUGGCGCUUACAUGAAUAGAAUAGUCGGGUAUCAAGAUGCCACGACGGCCUGGCUGAUGAAUGAUGAUUUUAUGUCACGUUUUAGUACUUCGGUGUAUCAAAAGCUAGGAGGCGUUCCGGGAACGAAGUUGGUUCGUGGCUUCGAACCCAGGAAGCCAAAAGAGACGCCGGAAGCAAAGGGACCGAAGCAAAAACCACUGGGCGAGACAGUACCUGUCAGAGGUUUGGAUGAGGCCUUGAAAGAAAAGACUGAAAAAGCCACGGAUACACUCAAGUCAACUUCCGCUGAUGGAUUCGAAGACUACGAAACUAGACCGAAAUCAACAUUAGAACGCCAAAUGUCCUCCCUCGCCGGCGAGCCGCAAAAUCCAGCUGAUCUCGAAGAACAGGCUCGUAGGCAGGAGGAACAAGAGAUGGAGGAGUCGAGGGAAGUGGACGGCACAGACAGAGAGCGCGAGGUCGAUCAUCUAGUUCUUGUCACCCAUGGAAUUGGCCAGCGACUCGGUUUACGACUGGAAAGCAUCAAUUUCAUACAUGAUGUAAAUGUGCUUCGCAAGACGCUAAAAACUGUCUACAAAGGUUCCCCUGACCUUCAAGCGUUGAAUUCAGCGUUCCCAGAUAGCGAUAAGAAUUGCCGUGUUCAAGUGCUUCCUGUGUGUUGGCGCCAUCUUCUAGAUUUUCCUUACCGAGGAGUGCGACAAAACAGAAAAGAACUGGAUCUGACUGAUGCGGACGUUCUUGAGGACGAUGCUUACCCCAGCCUGUCCGAUAUAACACUGGAAAGCGUACCUGCCGUUCGAAACCUCAUUUCAGAUUUGGCUAUGGAUGUACUUCUGUACCAAAGCGGGUAUUGUGAACACAUCUCCAAUAUCGUCAUCCAAGAAUGCAAUCGAAUCCUCCGGCUGUACCGCAAGCAAAAUCCUUCUUUCAAGGGGUCAGUCAGUCUCUGCGGCCAUUCGCUUGGAAGCGCAAUUCUAUUUGACAUCUUGUGUCACCAGCCGGAAACCAAUACUGGUCAAAAUGCUGCCUCCAAGGGAAUGGCCCGAGAGAGCGACGACUCAAACCCCAAGGGUUCAAGUGGGUUUGAUUUUGACUGCGAGGAGCUUUUUUGUCUGGGAUCCCCUAUUGCACUAUUCCAGAUGCUCAAGGGUAAGACAAUUGGUGGAUACUCUGCCGUGAAUCCCCGAAAUCGCAAAAAUGCUUUGGAUGUUGAGAUUGACUUGGACUUGCAUGGUCCUGGGCAUGCGCUCAGUGACAAUCCCGGUAUUAUCUCACUGCCAAAGUGUCGAGACUUCUACAAUAUCUUCCACCCUUCUGACCCAGUCAGCUACCGGGUCGAGCCUCUGAUAUCUCCAGCGAUGGCAACCCUGAAACCUCAGCCUCUACCCUCGGUGAAGAAAAGCCUCUGGACGACCUCUGGUCAGAGUCUAUCUAUUCUCGGUAGCCGCAUGGGCCAAAGUGUGGGAUCCCUGUGGACAAAUUUCACCACGGGUGUCGCAAGCAGCUUGUUGAAUCGCAGCUUGGGUCUGAAUGGCGAUGAAACCACAUCGGCUGCUCGCACUUCUGGUAAACCGGGUGAUGAAUCGACCCAUAGACGGUCACAAUCGGGUUCAGUUCAGCAUGGGCCCGAUGGAUCCGAUGAUCACUAUCAGACAUUGAUUGAAUCUGAUCUGGAGACUCUUUACGAUGGUUUCCAAAAAAGCAGGAGUGUCCAUCAUGGCGAGAGUCCAGAUCCCGACGCCGAUACUAACCAGGAUCGGAGGCUGAAAUUCGAGGACGCUAAAGUGCGUGCCUUGAAUGCAAACGGUCGUGUGGACUACAGCAUCCAAGAGUAA